UAGAGGACAUUAUGACACCUUUCAUUGCCAAAGCGAGCCAGCUCAUUGAAUUGGGAUCCAGUCAGCACCGUGAGGUAUCGCUCAAAGCUCCAAAGAACAUCUACUAUGGCGGGACUGAGGCUUUAGACUUCAGAGUACAGGCCACAGCAGCUUUUAUCAAUGAAGGCAGGAACUAUAUAGUAGAGUUACUACGUUUUGCAGUUGAUAGUUACAUUGUUUGGUUGUCUUCUACAGUUACAAGUAAACAAAAGUGCUGAUCUGUCCCCUGGACACCACACACAAGAGUAUGCAAAGCAGUGUGCCAGCAAACGCAAAAAAAUGUCGAGAAACGUUCUGUAAGCCUUCUGCAAAAGGAAGACGUUUAUUCCUGAAGAAAGAGCGUGCUGUCAACCAGUCGGCUACAGAGUCACUGGAAGGCAUGACAUAUCAGUCAGAAGUUGGCCAUGAAGAUUGUACUGACAUAGACAGAAUCCCUGAUCCUAUACCGCGUGGAGUAUUCAAGCCAGUCUGUUCAAGUGGCGAACCAUCGUACAUCACUGUGGACCUUGAAACUACAGACCUUAUUCGAGGAGAGGUGUAUCCUCAUAUAACACAGAUAGCCGCCAAACAUGUGAGCACAGAGAAGAGCUUCAGUUGCUAUGUGUUACCCAAACUACUGAUGAGUGCCUCUGCCGAACAAGUGACUAAAAUUGUUGUGACAAAUAGUAGUGAUAUGUUUGUAAAUGGUGUUCCUGUUGAAACUAAAACUAUUGAAUCUGCACUCAGAGAAUUGUUUAGCUGGCUGAAACAGUUCAGAAACGUGUUUCUAAUUGCACAUAAUGGAAAACGUUUUGACUUUCCUAUCAUUAUCAACGCCUGCUUAGCUACCGGAAUGUUUAGUGAACUUUGUGCAUGUGUGUUAGGAUUGUUAGACACUCUUCCAGUAUUUAAAUCCGUAUGUCCUAAAAGGGAGUCUUACAAACAGGAGGAUCUGGCCCGUACAUUGCUUUCCAAAGUGUAUAACGCUCAUAACGCUCUUGAUGAUGUCAAGUGUUUGUCAGAGCUGGUCAGUUACGCUGUGAAACAUGAUGAGAAGUGUGUAGUAGUGAAGAGUUUUCCUCCUAGAGAUGUCAAACACAACAUGGAAUCCAACAUAGAGAAAAAGAAAAACAUGCCAUCUCUUUCUGUUCUGGUAGCAAAUGGUGUCAUGAAGUCGUCCACUGCCGACAAUGUGGCUAGCUCGGGGUUAAAUUUCAAACAUUUACAUACAAUCUUUCUACGUAAGGGAGAAGAUGGACUGUACAAUGUAUUUACUAUGAGAAACAGUGAAGGGUUGCCAAGAGUGACAAAUUCUAAGAGGGUUUUGGAGGCUGUAAUUCCAAAAUUAGUGUCGUAUUUUGAAGGCAAAAAUUAGGUUUGUUCGUCAAUUCAAGGUCAAACAUGUACUAUGUCUUGAUUAAUUUUAUAACUAAUUUGACACUAGUUCAAGUUAUUUAUCUUUCAAAGAAGUAUUGAAUCUUUCAAAAGAGUACUGUAUUUAUGAAUAAUGUAUGGCAAGCAAAAUAUAUACUUAUUGUUGUGAAAAUAAUCGUGAAAGACAUUUCGAGCAUUCUUUUUCAUGAAAAAAUUGUUAUCGUAAUUUUAGGGGAUACCUUUUUGCUUGGACUUAUUUAAAUAAAAAUAGAUGGUAAAAGUUUUUGAUUUUCAUAUAUCUUAUUGCCUACACUUUGAGGAAAAUUUUAAUACCAAAAUUACAUUAUUACAUACCUUUGAAUGUAUAAAUUUUGAACUUUGAAACAAAUAGUUGAAAAAAAUUUCAUCCCGCAAGUCGUCAGUUUUAGCCCAUAUCGCUAUAUAUUUUUGCUUAUAUUUUAUGAAAGCCUUGUUUACUAUACAUGGAUUGUUGUUUUUUGGUACAAUAUAUAUAUAGAGGAAUAGAAUACCUGCUAGAAA